AUGGCAAGAGGAAUGCUCUUCCGUGCUGGAUUCACUGUCCUAAUUGUUGUUAUUGUCCUAGUCCAUGAAGCUUGCAGUGGCAACGAUAGUUAUCAUCACUCAUGUCCUCCUUCUUCCUGCGGCAAUAUCCAGAAUAUAAGCUAUCCGUUUCGGUUGAAAGGUGAUCCACCAAUCUGCGGAGAUCAAAGGUAUAAUCUGUCUUGUGAGAAUAAUCAAACAGUGUUAUACUUAUAUGCUGGAAAAUACUAUGUACAGGAAAUCAAUUACAGUAGCUACACAAUUCGAGUUGUAGACCCAGGUAUUCAGAAGGACAAUUUCUCCUCCAUCUCUCGCUAUUUUCUAAACUACUACAAUUUCAGUUCAGGGGAUCCAUAUACCCUAUCUUAUCCAGAUAACAUAUAUGUCCGUUGUAAUAGUCGUCGGGACCAGCAGAUAGCGGUAAAGAAUCUUUUGUACGAUGUGCCUAUGGCAGUAACGGGUGUGGUUUGGAUCAAGUGCGAAAAGCCAAUGAUUUCUUAUGGGUAUUUGGAUACGUCUAGUUGCUUGAGUAAUGAAGUGAAUUCUUCCAACUCUUCUCUAUUCCAUUCCAAGAGCUAUCGAUAUGUUUUAUUUUCCUACUCUACAUCUCUAAGGGGUUUGGGGGACUCUUGCCAAAUAGAGCAAAUGUUUCCGACAGCGUGGCCAGAAGCGCACCCAACUAACUGUUCAGACCUUUACCAUCAAGUGGCCUAUGGUUUUCAGCUUUCAUGGGUCCAAGUUUUGUGUGAUAACUUCACUGGAGAUGACUUUUGCUACCUCGAUGACGGGAAUUUCCGCUUUCAGUUCGACUGGUAUUGGCAUUUUCAAUGUAACACCCCUGAGCUAAGUGGUAUGAUAUUGUCCGCUCCGCUUUGGGCUAAGCCCGCACGGUUUUUAUUAUUGAGUUUACUCUCAAAAAGCUUUAUACCAUUUAGAGAAAGUAUAUUUCAUAUAAACACAUCAUCUUUUCCAUGCCUAGACAAUGUGGGACGUUAUAAUCACCCCCUUUUAGGACCCAGCGUCCUCACUGGUGACCCUUAUGGGCUUGUGCAUGCUCCCCCAUCUCAGGCUGGGCUAUGGCUUUGA